AUGGCCCAGAUUCGAGGCACCGCCAACUACCACCUCGGCGGCACGCAGCCAGCAUUCGGCGGCUCGUCGAGAGAUGGUGGCUCAGACCCGAGUCCCCUCGACACCAUUAGGGAGCAAACUUCCAAGAUUGAAGAUCUUCUCGACACAUGGAGCGAGCCCAUCAAGCCAUACCUCCCAGCCCUCGGUCGCUUUCUGAUUGUGGUCACUUUCCUCGAGGACGCGCUACGAAUCCUCACACAAUGGAGUGACCAACUUUUGUAUCUGCACGACUACAGACACUUCCCGACCGGGUUGAACCACAUUUUCCUCCUCACCAAUGUUGUCGCCAUGGUGUCUGGGUCAUUCCUCGUGAUUACCCGCCGCUACUCCGACUAUGCGGUCGCCGGUCUCAUGGGCGUUGUGGUCGUCCAGGCCCUCGGCUACGGUUUAAUCUUUGAUCUCAACUUUUUCCUCCGCAACCUGUCCGUCAUUGGUGGACUCUUGAUGGUGCUCUCCGACUCUUGGGUUAGAAAGACCAAGGCCUUUGCUGGACUGCCCUCCAUUGACGAAAAGGACCGCAAGAUGUACUUUCAGCUGGCAGGCCGUGUUUUGCUCAUCUUUCUGUUCAUUGGCUUUGUCUGGAGCGGUGACUGGUCUCUCUGGAGAAUUGUCGUCUCGCUCGUUGGUCUGCUCGCUUGCGUCAUGGUGGUUGUCGGUUUCAAGGCCAAGUUUAGCGCCACUCUUCUGGUCCUCAUUCUGAGUGUUUUCAACGUCUUGGUCAACAACUUUUGGACUCUCCACGAGCACCACCCCCACAAGGACUUUGCCAAGUACGACUUUUUCCAGAUCCUGUCCAUUGUCGGUGGCUUGCUUCUCCUUGUCAACAGCGGCCCCGGACAGUUUAGCAUUGACGAGAAGAAAAAGGUCUACUAG